CUUCGUCUGGGAAUUUUGUCACCGCCAGAUCAGGCGAGCAACAAAUAAAGAGAGUGUCAAUUCUGCAGGCGAGGUUUUUCACCGAGCACAUUCUACUGUAUCAUUCUUUCUCUGGCAGUAGAAAAUGGGGCGGCAUAUAUUUGUCUUUUUCUUAAACCUUUUCGUGGCAUUCAACUUGUCAUGUACACAAGAACUUCCCACAAAUGCCAGUCAAGGAGAAAUGGUGAUUGAUGAUGCAGCAAACCUAGAAAUUGCAUGCUACAGUGAUUUCAUUGAAGUGACUGUGGAAAGCAAAAACUACCCCGGCCUUGACACCAAUGUAACUCAUCUUGAAGAUGAGGCGUGUGUGCCCGUUUAUAAAGAUGACUCCAAGGCUGUAUUCAGAUUUGGCUUAGAAGAAUGCAAGACCAAACACGAGGAUGAUGGAAAGAUGGUGUCAUAUAGUAACAGGAUCAUUGCAGUAGUAAGGGAUGUGGUUGAUGAGGCAGACAUCACUCGAAAGAGCACAAGAAUACUUCCCUUCAAGUGUUCAUACCAAAAGAAGACCCUUCUUUCCAAAGUGUCAUAUUCUCCCCGUUACGUCCAGGUGGUUACAGACGCAGAGAAUUACGGUAAUUUCACUUACCUUAUGAACAUGUACACUGAUAAGGAAAACUCAAAAAGGGUAGAGAAAUUCCCGCUCUUGGUUGGUAUCAGUCAGCGCUUGUACAUCAGCUUGAAGGUGCAAUCAGGUGACUCGGAUUUGAGCUUGUUCCCGGAUGAAUGCAAAGCAACACCUUCGACAGAGUACAAUGCUAAGCCAGACCAUAAAAUGAUUGAGCAAGGCUGCCCACGCGACAGAUACUUGGAGUACGAAUACGAAAAAUCAGCCUAUCAGAACUUCAGCUUUGUGGCCUUUCGUUUUAAGAAAGGAUACGACGACGUUUACAUUCACUGCAAGCUGACUGUCUGUCGCUCAGACGACGAGAAGUCCAAAUGUGAUUCGGGAUGUCAAGAAGAGGGAAAUCAGUCCAGGAGAAAGAGGAAUAUCCACGACGAAUAUCGUACUGAACUCUACGUCGGACCAAUCAAAAUGACUAAUGAACAAGAUAAAGCCAUGAAAUCUGGUGAAACUCCAACCAUAAUCAAGGAAAAAUCCAAGACGGUCUUGUUGGUUGGAGUGUUGGCGGGGGUCUUGGGUACUAUAUCUCUGGGGCUUGUUGGAACACUCAUUAUUGUGACCCGACGUGGCCGUCAUUCAGAAACUGGGGCCACUUUGCUUGUUCAAGACAACUAAAGAUUUCCGACAUGUGGCUUAAAAUUUUGUAGAUUGGUAGAGUGCGUUUCUCAAUCAGUGAUCUCGUAAAGAACUUUUAGUGAUUUAGCCACAGAUUCCACUUGAAACGAGACAGUUUUCUUUUUUGUAAUUUCUCGGAAUCAUGCAAGCAUAAACUUGGAAUCAUGCAUGCGUAGGUUUAGACAAUAAAGUCACUUUGAGCGAGUGAAUUGGCCAUCGUAAAAGGAUUUUAAAGUUGAAGUUUCGAUCAUUAUCCCUUCGUCAGAGCGAGUCCAAAACGCUGGAAAGUCAGUUUAAAAAUCCCUUUGCGAUGGUCAUUUCACAUUACCGACUCAGAUGACAAAACAAACUUAUCUCACUUGCAACUAUUUUUGAAGACUGAUAGAGGGUCUUCUCACUCGUGUAUCGUAGUCAUUUCAUUUCACGAAAGUAGAGGGAUGAGCGACAUGCUUUUUUGUCUAGUCCUAGUCGCGUCAACAGCAAAUACCGUAAGAACAUCUGUGCCGCACGUGACAGAACUCAGUGAAAAAGUAAAGUUCAAACUGGUUUGCAUAUUUUGGUUUAUUUUGUUUUAGUAAAUUUGCAUAAUCUUGCAAUCCA